AGGCGCGCAACAGUUACGUCACGGGCGCGCCAAGGCCUCGUGGACGGUGGCUGGCGCGGCUCAGUAAGGCUUGCGGAUUUGGCGAACCGUGAGGAAGAAGCGAGGACCUGUAGAAUUCGACAGCGGCGAGCCAAGGUUCACUGUCCAUUCCCUUGUCACCUCUCCCAACUUCUCAUCCUGAGCCCACCACUUUUGCAGCCUGCUCAGCUUCGCUGGCUUCCCACUAGUGAGUAGGGUCCUUCUACCCUACCAAGUGAUCAGGUAUAAAACGGAAUUUCUUUGCACCAAGCCAGAACAAAUACAUUGAAGGCAUUAUCAGAAAAGAACAAUACAUAGAUUAUCUCCUAAUCACUGUCCAGAAUCUGGCGCCAACUUUAUCUCCUGCUGCUUUCUUACCUGAAUCUCGUUCACUCAAGUGGUGGCUCCCAUGCAAGUUGCAUAAAAGGCUUGUAGUCCUUUACUCGUGUGUCUCAAAAGAGUGGAAAAGUGACUGGCACUUAAAUAUUUGUUGGGCUGUAGCAGAGGAGGAAUGAUUGUGAACAGCCUUUCGCUGUGCUACCACAACAAACUCAUCUUAGCCCCUAUGGUUCGGGUAGGGACUCUCCCAAUGCGGCUGCUGGCCCUGGACUAUGGAGCAGACAUUGUGUACUGUGAGGAGCUGAUUGACCUCAAGAUGCUUCAGUGCAAGAGAGUUGUCAAUGAAGUGCUCAGCACAGUGGACUUUGUUGCCCCUGAUGACCGAGUAGUCUUCCGCACCUGUGAAAGAGAACAGAGCAGGGUUAUCUUUCAAAUGGGGACGUCAGACGCAGAGCGAGCCCUUGCUGUGGCCAGGCUUGUAGAAAAUGAUGUGGCUGGUAUUGACGUCAAUAUGGGCUGUCCAAAAGAGUAUUCCACCAAGGGAGGAAUGGGAGCUGCUCUGCUGUCAGACCCUGACAAGAUUGAGAAGAUCCUCAGCACUCUUGUUAAAGGGACACGCAGACCUGUGACCUGCAAGAUUCGCAUUCUGCCAUCGCUAGAAGAUACCCUGAGCCUUGUGAAGCGGAUAGAGAGGACUGGCAUUGCUGCCAUCGCAGUUCAUGGGAGGAAACGGGAGGAACGACCUCAGCACCCUGUCAGCUGUGAAGCCAUCAAAGCCAUUGCUGAAACCCUCUCCAUUCCUGUCAUAGCCAAUGGAGGAUCUCAUGACCACAUCCAAGAGUAUUUGGACAUAGAGGACUUUCGACAAGCCACAGCAGCCUCUUCAGUGAUGGUGGCCCGAGCAGCUAUGUGGAACCCGUCCAUCUUCCUCAAGGAGGGUCUACGGCCCCUGGAGGAGGUCAUGAAGAAGUACAUCCGAUACGCCGUACAGUAUGACAACCACUACACCAACACUAAGUACUGCUUGUGCCAGAUGCUACGAGAACAGCUGGAGUCGCCCCAGGGAAAGUUGCUCCAUGCCGCCCAGUCUUCCCAGGAAAUUUGUGAGGCCUUUGGCCUUGGUGCCUUCUACGAGGAGACCGCACGAGAGCUGGAUACCCGGAGGGCCAAGCUCUUGGCCAGGACCCCAGAGGCGGUGGAGGAGCCAGCUGAAGACACCUCUGGUAUCAUUAAAAUGGCUGUGAAGUUUGACCGAAGAGCAUACUCACCCCAGGUCACUCCCAAGAUGUGCCUGCUGGAGUGGUGCCGGAGGGAGAAGUUGGCACAGCCUGUAUAUGAAACGGUUCAACGCCCCCUGGAUCGCCUUUUCUGUUCUGUUGUCACUGUUGCUGAGCAAAAGUACCAGUCCACUUUGUGGGACAAGUCCAAGAAACUGGCGGAGCAGGCUGCGGCCAUCGUCUGUCUGCGGAGCCAGGGCCUUCCUGAGGGUCGACUGGGUGAGGAGAGCCCCUCCUUGCACAAGCGCAAGCGGGAGGCCCCUGACCAAGACCCCGAGGGCCCCAGAGUUCAGGAGUCAGCAGUGCCUGGGGAGCUGUGCAAGAAGCCAUUUGUAGCCUUGGGAAGUGGUAAAGACAGCCCUCUGGAAGGCUGGUGACCACUGUCCCUACUCUGGUCACCCCCUUCACGAGCCUGGCCCUCAGAUGACUAUGGGUACAGAGCAUGAACCAGAUGCCAUUGAACAGUUUGCUGCCUCUGCCUGGCAGCAGUUAAGAAGUCUUGGCCUGGGCCAUCAGCCUGGAGACUGGGCCAAGGGGUACAAAGAAUGCCCAUCUCGCUUGGUGGGUCUGAGUAGCAAGGUCAAGUUCCCAGUGACCUCAGUAUUUUCUUUGAAAACAUGAGCUUUUCAGGAGGCACCUCCCCAACCUGACAUUGGGUACAGUGCAAUAAAGACACCCUCCACCCUUACCCAUGGCUGGCUGCUUCAGCCUUGGGUAUCUUCACA